AUGAAGGCCUUCGUGAGUUCGGCAGUUAAUAAAUCGGGCAAGAAAUUUGCCCCGAAGGCGCCGCCCCGCCGCGGUGCGCCGGGCCCUGCUGCACCCGCGAGAAGACCAAGUGCAGCUCAGCAGCCCCCGGCGCAAGGUGCCCAUGGUCAACAGCAGGAGAGGGAAAUCACAGAGUCCCUUCCUCCACCAUCUGUGUCGUCCGCAGAGCCGGAACCACCUUCAAUCCCAGAGUCAGCUCCAGUUGUGGCUUCGGAGGCACCCCCAGCAGCUCCAACCUCCCCGAAAUCAGCUACCCCCAUCUCAAUCCCCCGCCCAAUUCGCAAACCAUCGAUAUCUAAACCUGCUGCCGUUGCGCAAGUGCAGCCUGCUUCCCCCUCUACCACCCUACCCGACACUCCAGCCUCCCCCCGAACUUUGCCUACCGAAACAAAUGUCUUGCCAUCAAUCGAGAAUGAUACCCCGCGGUCAACUUUGGUUGAGGAUUCGACCGAAGUAACAGAGGUUACCGAAAUAGCAGUUCCUACAGCAGACACUCGCGUUUUAGACGAAGCCGUUUCACCACGCCAAUCCGUUUCAGAGCCCCAACCUAUAGCCUCCGCUCCCGUUGCUGGUCGGUCUUUGAAAUGGGCUAAGAAAACUUCCGAAUUUACAAACCGUGGCAGGGGACCAGUACACGCCGUUGCCCCGCCGGUCUCCUCUACAGCAUCGAGUGAGACACCCGGUGGAUCGCUCGUACCCGUGACUCCCGAAGCGAGCCAAGCAUCUGCGCAAGGGAAGAAACGCAAAGCAUCGAAGGUAUCGGAUGCCGGUCGUGACUCUGAAAGGCCGAAGCGUCGCCCCAGGAAGCGCGAGCCGACCCCAGAGGGUGCGGAGAUGGUGGAAAUUCUACCCAACGUGGUCAAGAUGUCCGAGCUUUGCAAAGACCUCAAAACCGGACGGAAGUCGAAGCGAGAGACCGAAUUGCGCAAGUUGGAGUUGGAGGAACAAGAACGCAAGCAAAAAGCGCUUGAGGAAGGCUCAACUCUCGAGUCGCCGAAGAAAGCGAACGAUUCAGAUGCCAAUAAGACAGAUCGUCUUGCUGCGCCCAUGCCACAGUCUGGUCCAGUCAUGCGCAUUGUCAACGGCGAGAUUGUGCUGGACAAUGCGUCGCUGGAAGUGGAUCGUCAUGCAGAUGCUGCGCGGGCUGCAGGUGACCUCGAAGACGUGGUGGAAAAUCAGCUUACUCGGAAGGUUAACCAGGCCACAUACGGCAAACGUACCAAGAACGAAUCGUGGGAUGAGGACAUGACCGAUUUGUUCUACCGCGGCUUGCGUAUGUUCGGUACAGACUUCAUGGUGAUCAGCAAGCUUUUCCCGGGGCGGUCUCGCCGUCAGAUCAAGCUGAAAUUCAACAAUGAAGAGCGCAAGGAUCCCCAGCGAAUUAAGGACACUCUUCUUGGGCCGCGUGAGACUAUCGACAUUACAACCUACUCUGCGUUGACCAACCAGGUCUACGAGGAUCCGAAGGUCAUUCAGCAAGAGCUGGACGAUGAAAAGAAACGCAUCGAGGAGCAACACGAAAAGGAGAAGCAGCUGCACGAGGACCUGAUGCGUAAUCCCACCGGCACAGGCGUCGAUGAGAAUGCUGCUUCCAACGGCGAUAAGAGCAACGGUGCUCCCAUCAAGGGCAAACGAAAGAAGAACAUUAAGAAUGCGGCCGGGGGUGGUACAGAGGAAGUCCUCGGUUCCAUCGACGACAUUCCCAUGGCUUGA